AUGACUGCCGACAUCACGCCUCUAGACGUCUGCGUCGUCCUCCAGGAGCUACCCGCGUCGGACCUUGCCAAGGUCAAGGCCGCCUUUAAAGAGGUGCAUUACCACCCAGACUUCGUGAUGCCUCCCGAACUCCUUCCCCGCGUUCAGUUCCUGUACACGGCUUGGCAGGGUCUCCCGGGAGACCUAACUGUGCACGACAUGCCGGCGUUGCAGCACAUUCAGCUUCCCACUGCCGGGGUUGACACGGCGCUCCGUCUCUCGAGCGGUAUUAGGGAGCUGCGCGACCAAGGCGACAAGGUGAAGGUGACCUUUGCGAACGCGUGUGGGACGCAUGCGCUCAGUAUCCCACCAUGGAUCGUGGCGAUGACAGUCAACCUCUUCCACCAGUUCCAGGUCACGCUUACUGUCGCGCGCGAAAAGCAGGAGUGGCGCAAGGAUUAUGGCAUUGAUCUUCGCGGCGGGUACUACACCUCGCGCAACCUGUACGGGCGCACGGCUGGUCUCAUCGGAUACGGGGCGAUUGGACGCGAGACGGCUCGCCUCCUCAAGGCGUUUGGGAUGCGGGUUAUCGCGGCCAACACGAACGGUACGCGCUCGAGCGACGCAGAAUACGUCAUUCCCGGGACUGGCGACCCCGACAGCUCGAUCCCCGAGGAGAUGUACAAGACGAGCGACCCCGCAAGCCUUGACACUUUCCUGCGCCAGUGCGAUGUACUCAUCACUUGUGUGCCGAGCACGCCGCAGACGCGCUGGCUGCUCAACCGCGACCGCCUGCGACUGCUGAAGAAGGACGCGAUCUUCAUCAACGUUGGGCGCGGCGACAUUAUCAAGUCGGAGGACCUCCUCGCCGCCCUCAACGACGAGGAGCACGGCCUCUUCGGCGCGGCCCUUGACGUGACGGACCCCGAGCCCCUCCCUACUGGGCACCCGUUUUUCACGCACCCGCGCUGCAUUAUCUCCCCACACCUGACAGGCAACGCCGAGGGCGAGUUUGAGAUCGCGACGGACAUCUGCGUCGCCAAUGCUCAGCGCAUCCGCGAGGGGAAGAGGCCGUACAACCUCGUCGACCUAAGCAAAGGUUACUAG